GCAAGGAUGUUGUGUCCACGUCAGCACCUGCUGCCUUCUCGUCUAUGCAGCAAGUACCUCAUUAACGGUGACCAAGAGGAAAGUUUCAACAACUCAAAAGAGUCAGAAACGAACCUGGCUCUAGACAUUCUAGCUGUGCUGCGUAAAAAAGGUCCCGGAUCUUUUGACAAAUUCUGCGAUAUUCUAUUGGAAAUUAAAGAUUCUACGUUAAUUGAAGUGGAGAGGAGUCUUCGUUCAUAUCGUUACAGUGCUGAGAUUCGGCAUUCAGCAGAGCAGAGCAGAUCACAAGUAGCAGCACAUCAGCAUUUCUAUCAAGAGGGAGAGACACGUAGUUCACAAAGAGCUUAUACUGGCUUGUGUGAGACUCCAGUGUUAGAACCAAUGGGUAAAAACACGACGAAAGUAGAGUUACAGUCACCAAGCAAUGUGGAAUCUUCAAUAACUACUUCGUCAACUUGUGAAGAGAAUUUACUAGUUUGUCCAAAAAGCAUAAGCACAGCAGGAAGUGAUUUGAUUUCCAGUAACAGUUCUGCUGUAAACUCUAUUUCAGGAGACAACACGGUUCUCUAUCAGAAAAGAGAGCCACCAGCAGAAGAGUGUGGUUCAAGUGUCAGUUUGUCUGAGAAAACGAGAUUGAAUAGAAAGUCUGUUCAGUUUUUGGUGAAAGAAGAGUUAUUUGAAGACUUCAAACAGUCUAAUCUCAACGAGCAACUAGCACUUGCUUUGGCUGAUGGACUUGGCAUUCCUGAGGAAAGUAUCACAUGUUGUCGUGCACGUCAUCCACCUCCUUUCUCAAUGGGCAAGAGGAUUCUUGUUGCUCUCAAGGCUUUGAUUACAAUUCUUGUCAGCAGAGUUGAGGAGGAGCAGAUUAGAAAACAGGUCAAUGGGGUAAUAAAUAUUAUCUCUGGUGCUACUCAAAUUCAGGAAUCAGAAGUAGAAAUUGUGCAAAUUUUGCCCUCAAACAGUUGUCUGUUGGUCAUUCGAUUGCCUGGACUGGCAGUGGUAAAGCUCAUCAUUGCUGUUUUGCAAUUCAUUCAGCAAAUGUUUAGCCAACGAGAUGGUGAAGGUAGCUUGCAAAAUCUGUGCUCGUUGGAAGAAAUCUGUUUCAGUUCUUUCACCAUCUUUGUUCUCGGUCAACAAGAUAAAUGUGAUAAAAGGUGAAAACAGAUGAUUUAUUCCUGCAAAGUCAAACAGUAUUGGACAUGUGGACAAAGAAGUUUGGGGACAAAGCCAAUCAGCAAUCAAUAAUUGAGGCAUUGUGCGACAUUGGAUGUAGACCUCACGCAGAAGCUGUUUUUAGUCAUGUCUUGGUGGAACAUGUCUGCCCAUCAUUUUCAUUAUUUAUUUGUGUUUCUUAGUUAACUCAGAUUUGUUCUUGAUAUGAACUGUGUUAGAUAUUAUGA